GGUUGUGUUCCGUGGAUAUGGACUAUUUUUACCCUACAAAGUCCAUAUUUGUUGAAAAUAAGAACUUCGUAAGUCAGUAAGAGAAGGGGUGAUAAAGCUGUUUCAGAAGAGAACUGGACUAACAGCAAGAUCUAAUGUGAUCCAAAGAUCCGUUGAUUUAACAGGAUCCAAGUUUCUUCUCUUAGCUUCAUCAUUGUUAUGACGUAAAUCUUAUUACAUGCUUGUCACUUCAAACCAACAUCGAAAGAGUGGUCAUGAAAAACUAAUAGAAAAAUCUGUUAGGUUUCCAGCGUAGUCGUAUUAUUGAAUUAAAAAACCCUGUUCGAUAUGGCGGACGUGUUUUCGGUAAGCCUGCAGGCUGUGAGUGGCUCGACCACAAUGUUUUCCAGGAAGUCUGGAAACCGGACAAGUGAUUUCGACGUUGAUGGUGGAUGGAGUUCCGGAACAGAAAGUCUUCUCUCUCUGUUAACAGUAAUCGGUACAAGCCUCUCGAUAGUCGGGGUAGUGCUGGCCUUCAUUACUUACACAUUGUUCUCUGACCUCCGUACCGUGAGUGGAACGUCUCUGCUGAACCUCCUAACUGCUCUCUUUCUGUCCCACCUGCUUUCCGUCAUCGGUGUGGAGAAGGUGAAUGACCACGGACUCUGUCUGACCCUGGCUUUUCUACUGCACUACCUCUGGUUGUCGCUGCACUGCUGGCUAACUGUAAUGACCCGAGAUCUCUUUAGAACCUUCCGCGAAAACGUCAACCUUCAAAUAUCUCCGCUUACCGAGAGUCGUAAGUCAUUCCUAAAGUGUGCUCUUUUCGCGUGGGGUUUCCCGGCAGCCCUGACCUGUCUAGCGGCUUUUCUCUACUCCAACAGCGGACCCGACAGUCGUCCGUUAAUCGUUUCUACUUGUUGGCUCGUGGAUUAUAACACUCUGAUCUACACCUUCGAGCUUCCCGCUGCUGUGCUGGCUGGAGCUGACCUUUUCUAUUUUGUCCAAUCGGCCAUUGUUAUCCGCUACACUGUAAGCAUGCAGAUGAAUCGCCGCACUGCUGAGAAAAUGAGAACUCGUCGCUGCCUUCAGCUGUUCCUCUACCUGAAAGUCGUUGUAUUCCAGAUAGUCACGUGGUUAUUCUGUCUCUCUGCUCAGGUUACCGGUCUCUUUUCUCUCUGGUUUGUUUUUACUAUGUUGACUUCCUUGCAGGGCUUCUUUGUGGCCAUCAUAUACAGUUGUAAUUCCCAGGUGUUCCGAUUGUACAGUACAUCUCUCAAGAACAGUCGUAAAAAAAAGACUGUGGACUAUGGCUCGUCAGAAGUGGCCCAUUCUACCAGUCUGACCCAGCUGACAUGGUCCCCUACACCUGACUCAGUCUAACGCUGACCACCCUGACGCAGACUAGAAUCUCAAACACUUUACACAGUCUAACACUGACCAGUAUGUCGUAGUCUAGAACCUUCAUCGCUUCUACGUAGUGGACCACAAGGUAAAAUCAUUUUGGGGACAAUCGGCACGAGCCCGAUCCAUAAUUGGGUCAGUAAAGAACCAACAUUAUAGAUAUGACCAUGAAAAUGUUGAGUUAAUACAUAUGUAACCUCGUGUUAAUUCGACUUACCCUGUAUUACUACAUGCAAAUUCAUGUAUCACAUGAUUGAGUCUGUCAUUAAACCAUGAACGUGUCUCUAAUCAGCAGCGAAAUCACUUUACCCAGAAACCCUGAAUAAUACUGUCUUCUACCACCAUCACGACUCAACAUUGGUGAAUAAUACUGUCUUCUACCACCAUCACGACUCAACAUUGGUGAAUAAUACUGUCUUCUACCACCAUCACGACUCAACAUUGGUGAAUAAUACUGUCCACCACCACCAUCACGACUCAACAUUGGUGAAUGAUACUGUCUACCACCACCACCAUCACGACUCAACAUUGGUGAAUAAUACUGUAUACCACCACCAUCACAACUCAACAUUGGUGAAUAAUACUGUCCACCAUCACCAUCACUACUCAACAUUGGUCAAUGAUACUGUCUACCACGAACACGACUCAACAUUGAUGAAUAAUACUGUCCACCACCACCAUCACGACUCAACAUUGGUGAAUACUACUGUAUACCACGAACACGACUCAACAUUGGUUAGUGAUACUGUCCUCCACGAACACGACUCAACAUUGGUGAAUGAUACUGUACACCACGAACACGAUUCAACAUUGGUUAAUGAUACUGUCUACCACGAACACGUCUCAACAUUGGUGAAUGAUACUGUACACCACGAACACGAUUCAACAUUGUUAAUGAUACUGUCCACCAUGAACGCAGAAUUAUUCCAUCUGGUAUUAGCCUAUUCAUGAAAUAGUAGUUAAUUCUGUCUAACUUUAAGCAAUUAAAUACGUUUCCCAACCACAUGUGACUGGCCUCUGGUAAUGCUUCUGAAUUCCAGGGAUGACGAAGAAGUUUCAAUAUAUACUUAUCAAAACAAUGUUUAGGAAAGAUGAUUCUUGAAAUUGUUGAUCUUCUGAUUUUUGAAACAGGGUUGUGAUACCUAACUUUUUUUGUGACUGGAACCAUAUGAUAACGUCUCAUUAAUUCUUGAAUCAGACACGUGUGCUGGUUUUAAUAUUUGCCAUUUCUGUUCGACUAAUAUCCAUUUUAUAUAUAGUGCGAUUAUGAAGAAAAUCCCAAGAUUUGAAAUAAUUAUAUUUAAAAAUAAUGAUUGUAUUGUAGACAUAGAAUGUUUCAGAAGAUAGAAUGAGAAUUUCAAGUGUUAUUUAGGAACUUUUCGAGAUAAUAUUUUGUGAAUCAAGACCCUUGUGAUAUUGUAAAGUUAAUAACUUUUAUUCGAGACUAAAACUUUUUUAUUUAUUUCUAUUUCAAUAAUACCGACUUGUAGAUUUAAGUAAAAGACGUGUCAGUGUGCAGUAUAUUGUGAGCGUCAGUGACCAAUGUUCAAGACAGGUAAUGCUUACAUUGUUUAGGGAUAGACAUGAUUGGUAAUGACUGCGCCCCUUCUGUGAAACACCUUGUACAUGUAUGGCAGAUAUAGUGUUGUUGACACGUUGUAACAUGUUCUCCUUUGCUUCCACUCACGCGUUCUUAGCAUUUCUAGUUGUUGUUUUUUUUUCUGAAUUAAGCUUAUGAUUCUCGAUAUGUCUAGAAGAAAGUAAUGUUUAAGAUAUAUUUAUAUGUAUCACAUGAUAUAAUGGAAAUGUUGAGUAGAAAAACUGCACGAGUAAAAUAGGGAAAUAAAUAUAAAGUCCAUUUUAAAUAACAUAGUAAAUGGAUAAUAUAUCAUGAUAUUCGUUGUUAACAGGACAUAUAUCGUGUUUGAAUUGAAAAGCUGUCAGAAGGUAAAGUUGUAAAAAAUAAAUCAUGAGAUUGAAAAGAUUUCAUCCAAAUCAAUUUUUUAGGAGGAAUU